AUGAACGGGAAGCAGAGCCUGCGCCAUGGCCGAACUGCAUACCAUUUCCAGCCUGCCAAGAACUGGAUGAAUGGGCCUUUGUACCACAACGGUAUGUACCACCUGUUCUUCCAGUACAACCCGCACGGCCCACUGUUCGGCACCGUCAAGCUCUCCUGGGGCCACUCCGUCUCCGGCGACCUCGUGGACUGGGCCUUCCUGGGCACCGCGCGGGACCCGACGUCGCCGUUCGACGCCGAGGGCUGCUGGUCGGGUUCCGCCACCACGCUGGCCGACGGCCGCCCGCCCAUCCUCUACACCGGGCGCGACGCCAACGACGUGCAGGUGCAGAACGUGGCGUUCCCGAAGAACCCGUCGGACCCGCUCCUCCGGGAGUGGCACAAGCCCAGCUGCAACCCUGUCGUCCCGCAGCCUGCGACGGGCUCUGGCGGUUCGCCGUCGUGA